AUGAAGGCAUGGAAAGGCUUGUACUUCUUGACGGUGGCGAUUAUGGUCAUGGGAAGAGGAGAUGGGCAAUUGACCGAGGACUUCUACGACUCAAGCUGCCCCAACGUAGAAUCCAUCGUCCGGCAGGCUGGAUGCGAUGCCUCCAUUAUGAUUGCGUCACCAACCGGGGAUGCAGAAAAGGACGCUCCAGAUAAUCUCUCCCUCGCCGGAGACGGUUUCGACACUGUAAACAAGGCAAAGCAGGCAGUAGAAGCAGUAUGCCCGGGCGUUGUUUCAUGCGCAGACAUCCUUGCAAUCGCUGCAAGAGACGUCGUAGUCCUGGCCGGUGGUCCUUCGUUCAGAGUAGAGCUGGGCCGUCUCGACGGGCUCUUCUCCCGGGCGUCUGAUGUCCCCGGAAACCUGCCAGAACCGUCCUUUGAUCUCUAUCAACUCAACACUAUCUUCGCCAAGAACAAUCUCACUCAAUUAGACAUGAUCGCGUUGUCCGGGGCUCACACCGUGGGAUUUUCUCACUGCGACCGCUUCGCCAAUCGGAUCUACUCGUUCUCGCCGUCCUCUCCGGUGGAUCCUUCGCUGGACCCGACCUAUGCGCAGCAGUUGAUGCAGGCAUGCCCUCGUGACGUGGACCCCAGAAUCGCCAUAAAUAUGGAUCCUGUGACCCCACGAACCUUUGACAACGUCUAUUACCAGAAUCUGGUUGCAGGGAAGGGAUUGUUUACUUCGGAUGAAGUGCUCUUCACCAACCCAGCUUCUCAGCCUACUGUUAAUGAUUUUGCUAACAGCCCGAGUGACUUCAACGCAGCCUUUGCCACUGCGAUGAGAAAGCUUGGUCGGACAGGAGUAAAAACUGGGAAUCAGGGAGAGAUAAGACGAGACUGCACGGCCUUCAAUUCCUAG